UCCACCGUACAACUUGGCGUACCACGGCGGUUCCUUCCAUUCGUGAGCGCGAGGAGGAGGAGGAGGAGCUGGAGGAAGACGACGACGACGAUGAUGCCGCCUGGAUUCGAUAAAGGCGGAGGAGGAGAGAGGGAAUUCGAAUGGGGGCCGAUGGGAUUCACCCACUCGCUCUCUCCGGUCCGCGUCAUGGCUCUCUCAAAUUCCGGGAAGCGCCUGGACCAGGACUGGGUUCCCUCCCCCUCCGCGUCGCCAGCCAAGCCCUCCCUGGUGCUGUCCAACUCCGGGAAACGGAUAGAUCCGGGCUCGCCGUCGCUCGUCUUCUCCAACUCCGGGAAGCGGAUGGACCCCUCGGGGAAGAAGAAGUACGUGAAGCAGGUGACCGGGCGGCACAAUGACACGGAGCUCCACCUCGCGGCGCAGCGCGGGGACCUCGACGGCGUCCGGAUGAUCCUGGGCGAGAUCGAGGAGCAGAUGACGGGGACCGUAAUGGGAGCCGACUUCGACGCCCAGUUGGCUGAGAUUCGGGCGGCCGUCGUCAAUGACGUCAACGAGGAGAAUGAGACGCCGCUGUUCACGGCAGCCGAGAAAGGGUUUCUCGAUCUGGCCGUUGAGCUGCUCAAGUACUCCGACCCGGAGAGCCUUACCAGGAAGAACAGAUCCGGGUUUGACGUUCUCCAUAUCGCUGUGAGAGAAGGACACAAAGAGAUUGUUCAGGUACUUUUGAAACAUGAUCCAAGUCUCGUCAGGACAUUUGGUCAAUCCAAUGCGACUCCACUCAUAACUGCGGCGACUAGAGGACAUACUGAAAUUGUGAACCUCUUGCUAGAGCAAGAUGCUAGCUUGAUCGAAUUGUCCAAAAACAACGGAAAAAAUGCCCUGCACUUUGCUUCUCGACAGGGGCACGCAGAAAUUGCCAAAGCAUUGUUGAAGAAGGAUCCACAACUUGCCAGAAGAACUGAUAAGAAAGGCCAGACUGCAUUGCACAUGGCUGUGAAGGGGACCAGUUGUGCCGUCGUUCAAGCCCUUGUGGAUGCUGAUGCAGCAAUCGUGAUGCUACCAGACAGAGCUGGAAAUACAGCAUUACAUGUUGCAACACGGAAAAAGCGAGCGGAGAUCGUAAAUCUGCUACUGCUCCUCCCAGAUACCAAUGUGAAUGCAUUGUCAAGAAACCAUAAAACUGCUUUUGACAUUGCUGAAGGUCUGCCUCUUUCAGAAGAUUCUGCUGAAAUUAGGGAAUGUUUAUCUCGAUGCGGAGCAUGUAAAGCUGAUGAACUAAAUCAGCCUCGAGAUGAGUUGAGGAAGACCGUAACCGAGAUUAAAAAGGAUGUUCAUAUACAGCUCGAGCAGACAAGAAAAACAAACAAGAAUGUCCAUGGGAUUGCCAAGGAGCUCAGGAAACUUCACAGAGAAGGAAUUAACAAUGCUACUAACUCGGUUACAGUCGUCGCUGUGCUCUUUGCAACUGUGGCUUUCGCAGCCAUCUUUACGGUUCCCGGUGGAACCGAAGACAAUGGAGUAGCAGUGGCAGUCAAAACAGCAUCUUUCAAGAUAUUUUUCAUUUUCAAUGCCAUUGCGCUAUUCACUUCUUUGGCUGUGGUGGUGGUCCAAAUAACACUCGUCCGGGGAGAAACAAAGGCAGAGCGGCGAGUCGUCGAGAUCAUAAACAAGUUGAUGUGGCUCGCUUCUGUUUGCACCACAGUUGCUUUUAUCGCAUCGUCGUACAUCGUUGUCGGUCGCCACUUUCAAUGGGCUGCUAUUCUGGUUACACUCAUCGGAGGAAUUAUAAUGGCCGGUGUUCUCGGGACCAUGACUUUCUACGUCGUGAAAUCGAAGCGAACACGUUCGUUCAGGAAGAGGGUGAAGUCCAUGAAGAAAGCCUCCGACUCAUGGCAUCCAGACACAGAAUUCUCCGACUCCGAAGUCGACAGGAUCUUUGCCAUCUAACUGAGAUCUCCUUCGCUACAUGUUCUAAGAAACACAAAUCGGCAGUAUCGAAAUUCAAGUUAUGAUUCCAACAUCUGAACGGAGCUUCCUCUGAUCAACCUCCAUUUUCCUUCUCCUUCUGCAACAGAUCUGCUGUAUAAUGAAUGACUUGUUCUUGCUAAACAACUACCAACAAAUCUUAGAGCAAUGCCUCUUCAGCCAUUCCUCUGCAAGUUGUAUCUUACAAGUUGAAGUUUUCUGUUACAUGCACUGCAAAUCUCCAUAAUUUUACCAUUUUUAGCAAGUUCUGGAGACAUGAUCUUCUUCUUCUGGUUUGUGCAACUUCAAGUCUUGAAUUUGAUGUCCUUUUUUAUUUAUUUC